ACAAGACCGCGGAGGGAGAAGACAACUGUGGCCACCUCGCAACUUUCUGGGCCACUAAAACACUCUCCAGCCCGAAAAACUAGUGAAAUACAACUCCAGGUUUGCUUAGAAGACGCAGGAGUUGACGUUAAGGUGACUUUUUGAAACUGGAGCCGCUUUCUUGUUUGACAACGGGGUGAAAUAUCUCAACAUCCUCACAAAGAAACUUUGCUUGCUAGGCUGCUAACUCGCACACAAGCCUGAGAAAAAGUAUGAUCACCGCCGAAGACCCAAUCACACGCCGUUAGAAACGUCUCAUCUGUCGAGUUAAGUGUUAAUUCUAGCUGUAUUUACUUGGAAAUGCUUUGUAUAUGACUUUAGGCUGAGUUUAGUAACGGUUUUGAGAAGUCACCAUCACCAGUGGAGGAAGGGCUGCAGCUGGUGAGUUAGCCAGCCACCACCAGUGUUUCCACAUAGCGCCCCCAGAUCUCCACCAGGCAGGACACCCGCUGGUAUUUUCUUUAAGUUAGAAGCUAAGUAGUCCCAGAUUUGUGUCUGGAAACAUGUCUGGCCGGAGUGGAGUCGGACAGAUCCGGGGAGCCACUUCGGGUCCACAGCCACUCAAAGCUACUGUUCCCUAUCAGCUGGCCAGCAAGCCUCGACCAACCCGGAGAGAUGGAAAGUCAGCCGGAAAGCCCAAACAGCACCAGCUGAGCUCGGGCAUGAGGCGGACGAUGUCUCUCGACGCCAUCAUCGGGCCGUACCUGCAGGGACACUGGCCCAAAGAACCAGAGGGCCAAAGCAGCGUGUGUCGCAAGGACAAGUCCACCCAGACCCCAGACUCAUGGUCGGAUAAAUCUCAGAGUAGGAGAGGUAGCAGCAGCCACAAACGCUCGGCAUCAUGGGGCAGCGCUGAGCAUCUGCGAGAGAUCGCUAAACUAAAACAACAGCUGCAGCAGCGCAGCAAACCUGCAGUCUCAGGGGGGCAUGACAAAGACCGCCAGCGUGGAUACCCUCAGGGGAGCUGUAGCCUAGGAGCUACUCAGACGCAGCCAAUUCCCAUCCCUCUUGCUCCCCUGUCUACACUGGUCCCUCGACUGCGCUGCAGUGUGGAGGGCCUCAACCAGGAGCUGGAAGGCAUGUUCAUCUGCCAGCCGCCGCAUCCGCAGCACAGGCUCCUCGAGGUUCCAGACGGUCACCGGGCCCCGGUCCCUACGCAGAGCUGCAGCAGCGGAUCUCAGAGCGACCCCCCCACCACACCCCUGUCCUCAUCUUCAUCCUCCUCCUCACCCAGCUCCUCUCCGACAAACAUCCCCACCCCUCCAUUUAACUCUGAAGUUUUACCUCUGGAUCUGCACCAAGGUGUAACCGACAGUGCAGAGAUGUGUCUUCUGUCACCGUUCACCUCUCAGAACGAGGCCGACGUGUCUCUGCCACUGCUGAUGUCGUCCUCCCCCGGUCCCAACAAAAGCUGCUGCUUCCAGAGAGAGCCUCCGGAGGGCUGCGAGAAGGUCAGAGUCUGGGAGGAAACCAGCACUCCACACCAACACAAACCAGCCCUAAUCUCCUCCUGCCCAGACCCCAACAAGGUGAACUUCACCCCUCACGGAGGCUCCGCCUUCUGCCCUGUCAGCCUCCUCAAGCCCCUGCUCCCCUCCAUGGACCUGUUGUUCCGCAGCCUCACCGUCUCCCCAGCAGGCGGUUGCUCGAGCCAGGGAACAAACUCCUGCCAGGCAACGUCCUCUGGCAACCGGGCCGCUCCUCCAGAUCCUCCUGCCGCCAACACGGCUGCUGUCAUGGCGGAAAGCUCCGGGGAAGGCCUCGCUUUCUGAUCGCAGCUGCGGAUCUUUUUCCGUCAGAAAUGAUUAUGCAUAAUGCAAAUAUUUCAGCGAUCUGGGGACAUAUUGGUGAUGUUGCUUUAUUUUUUUUAGGAAAGGACCAUUCGUUUUCUUUAUAGGUUUAUAAUAAUCUUAUGUUGAAAAAAUAAUAAUAUUGAGAGAAAAAAAUACUCGUAGGUGAUCCAGUGGAAUUGCUUUAUGACCUACUUGUUUUUGAUGUCUGGGCAUUGCGAUGUUUCUAAAUUAAUGCUUUUCUGUCGUGUGUCAUAAUCCAAAGAUUUUUGGCCAAACACAAGCGUGAGAGGCGGAGCUGUGUUAUUCGGCUCUCUACACAUGCUUCCCAAAGAAGCCGUGACAAACACUUAACACUGGUUUUGAAACUCUGACUGCAGUGCGUCAUCUCUGUCCAAAACGUUGGAGUUGGGGUCAAAUAUAACAAAAACCUUUCUUGGAUAAGUUUGUUUUUAAUUCCUUUUACCUAACUUGACCUUGCACCUGUUGCUGGUGUACAAAGCAUGACAAAUCAGUUGGGUACUUUUUUUAUUUACCUGAUCCAAAAAAGAAAAAAACGUGACGCAAUGAAAUCACAUUUGGAUUAUUGUAAAUUGAAGGGAAUUAUUCCAGUUGAUGGCCUUGGGUAGCAUCAAUACCUAAAUGCUUCAGCUCAUGCAUUCCUGCUUUAAACGUUGUGCAAAUGUUAUUUUGUUGUCAUUUCGUUUACUUGCAAAAAAAAAAAAAGUAACUCGUACACGUGUUAAGGGAUACAAACCUGUUAUUCUUUGAUGUUCUAGUUGUGUGCUUGAUGGUUUGUUUAUAGUUUUGGGGUCUCACAGCCUAGUUGACUACCUAACCAGUUUUAGUGGUGUAGACUUGUCAUCCUUAAUGUUCCUCUGAAGAUUUUCCUCUUCCUCUGCCAAGCUGACAAGUUGAUGUUCAAAUAGUUUUAUAUCUGGUAGACAUGUUUGCACAAAUUGAACUGCUACUUUUGAGUCGCAAUUCUUAUUUUUAUAUUCACUUUUGUAUUUUAAGAGUAGUAAUGUGUAUUUUCUACAUCUUUUUUUUUUUUUUUCAAGUACCUGCAACAUAAGCUAAAAAACAAACCCUAUUAUUUUUAGUUUUGCUCUGUCAGUAUAUUUGAGGCAGGUGUUACAUGAGAUACUGUAUCGGGUGGAUUUUUAUGCACUUCCAGGAGAGGGUUUUAAUGUGGAGGAGUUUCUUCCGUGCGUUGGUCCUGGGUUUAUUGUUUCUGACAGGAGUUUUGUUUGUGUGUGUGUGUGCACGUGGAUGGAAAGUUAACUAGUCUGACUGAUUGACUAACUUCUAGUUUUAAUGUCCUGGUGAAAUGCUGAUGGAUUGAAACAUUGUCGUUUUCCAAAUAAGCCUCAAUUUCAAUGUUUUAUGAGUCAGUGUGGAUGCUGGGGACGUGCUGUUAUCUCAGGUUCUGUGUUCUGUCCACAUAAAUAUAUGAACGAUUA